AUGGAGCGCCAACGCAAGCGUGAGCUCCGCGAGCUCAACGAGAGGGCCUGGGCCGGCGAGAAGGAUGUCUUCCCCGUCCAAUCCUCGCUCGACUCGUCCAUGAAGAAGAACACAGCCUUCAUCAAGCGCCUCCGUACCGCCAUUACUGCCGCUUCGCAAGCCACGUUCCUCCAAGAAACCCGCUCCUUAUCGCUACACAAAUACCUGUCGGAGAUCAUCUCGGCCUGCUUCGAAGGUCUCUGCAGGUGCAAGUCGCCCGGAGAAAUUGCCGCCGGUGUUGAGAUUGUCAGCGCGCUGCACCAGCGCUUCGGGCCGGCUGAGUUCACAGGCUACAUCGGGUGGCACGUUGGGCGCGGCCUGGCCACCCCGGACAAGGCGCACCUGAAGGCGCUGCCGCAGGACGUGCGUGAGCGCGAGGAGAAGGAGCGCCUGGCGCGCCAACGGGUUCUGCUGAGAGUUGCGACCGAGUUAUGGCUGGUAGGCGCCUUGAGGAGUCUGGACGAUGUCGUCAGGCCCGAAGAGGCGGCAAAGGCCAAAGAGAAUGUGAAGGGCGAUGGCGUUUUAAAGACCAAGGCUGGCGCUAAUGGUACUAAGGCUGAGCACACAGAUGCCGAACCGUUCCCUCUGGAAGUUCUGAAAGACAUGCUGGGCCACGAUCGCGAGCAUACAAAUCUUCCGCUGGUGGUCAUUUUCGUCAAGAGCUUCGCUUGGGAUAUAUUGGGCGUCAAUUCGGUCUCUGCAGAUGGUCGCAAAUCUGUAAAUGAAGAUGGUACAAUGUCCGCUUCCAAUGGCGAGGGCAAGGAAUCAGCUGCUGCCAGCGACGAGGACAUGUCUUCCCAGGAUCCGCCCAUGACCCCGCCGGAAAUGCGCCAGCGCUUCAGGAACAUUCUACUCCGUUACUUUGAGGACGUCAAAGCCCAUCUUGUCAGAGAUCAGAAAACACUCGUCAGCCAGGGCAAACGCAAUGCCGAAGCCUAUGUCAAAUCCGGCGAGGUAUUCGAGGAUCGCCAAUCCAACUACGAAAAGCAGGUCAAGGCCCAGGAAAAGCUGUUAUCGAACGCGCAGGUUUUGGCCGAUGCAAUUGGUGCUGAAAUGCCGGAUUUGAAGGAGAAGGACUCUGGUUCGUCUACUGGAGAUGGCAGCAUUGGCCUGGUUAAAGCCGGAGAAUACUUGCGCGGCCAAGGAGAGGGUCCGGGUAUUUGGGAGGAUGAGGAAGAGAGACGCUUCUAUGAAAAUUUGAUUGAUUUGAAAGACCGUGUUCCUGGUAUUCUGCUGGAGGAACCCAAGAAAAAGAAGGCCGAUACCGACGAACAAGUGGGAAAGCGCAAAGACGAAGAAUCCAAGGAAAAGUCUGAAGAAAAGAGCGCUGAUGCCACUAAACCUACGGAGCUUGAUGAUCAAUCAAUGGCCAUUGCAAACAAAUCUGUCGGAGCGCAGGUUGACGCUCUCCUGGCCCGUUUACCCGAGUUUACCAGCAAAGACCAGGUCGAUGAGACGGCCAUAGAGUUUUGUUUCCUUAACUCCAAGGCGUCUCGCAAUCGCAUGGUAAAGGCGGUCUCCGAGAUUCCCAAGGGUCGUUCGGACCUGCUCCCGCUUUACGGUAGGCUCGUGGCCACACUUGGCAAAUAUAUGCCCGAUGUGAUCCAAGGGUUGGUAGCAUACUUGGACGAUGAAUUCCGGAGCCUCCAGCGCCGCAAGCAAAAGGAUUUCCUUGGUCAAGUGCGUACAAUCAACGUACGUUACCUUGCUGAGUUGACCAAGUUCGGCGCUGUACCGGAACAUGUUAUUUUCCACUGUUUGAAAGUCAGUUUGGAUGACUUCUCGCGGAUGAACAUUGAAAUUAUCUGUAAUCUUCUGGAGAAUUGCGGUCGCUACCUCCUAAGGAACCCAGAGACUUCGCCUCGCAUGAAUUCGUUCUUGGAAACCUUGCAACGCAAGAAAUCGGCACAGCAUUUGGGCCAGCAGGAACGUAUGCUUAUCGAAAACGCGAUGUAUUACGUCAACCCUCCGGAACGUGCUGCUAUCGAGCAGAAAGAGAGGACGCCUUUGGACUUGUUCCUCCGCAAGCUUAUUUACCUCGAUCUCACUAAGCGCAAUCUGGACAAGGUCGUCAAGCAGAUCCGUAAGCUGCAUUGGGAGGAAGACGAGGUUGUUACGCUUCUCAUCAAGAUUUUCACCAAGCCCGGCAAGAUCAAGUACAGUAACAUUCACUUGCUCGCCGUCAUUCUGGGUUCCUUGAACAGGCACCACCAGGAAUUUUGCAUUUCGGUCAUCGAUGACCUUCUCGAGUCCAUAACUUUCGGCUUGGAGCUCAACGACUUCAAGUUCAACCAACGUAGGAUUGCCGAGGUCAAGUAUCUGGGUGAACUGUACAUUUAUCGGAUGGUGGACUCGCCCGUCAUCUUUGAUACGUUGUAUAAGAUUGUGACCUACGGGCACGAGGGAGGCACUCCUAAGCCAGGUGCCAUCAAUCCACUUGACCUUCCUGAUGACUUCUUCCGCAUUCGUUUAGUGUGCAACCUGCUGGAGACUUGCGGCAUGUACUAUGACAAGGGUCAGGCAAAGAAGAAGCUCGACUUUUUCCUCACUUUCUUCCAGUAUUACAUCUACAUCAAGGACCCUUUCCCAAUGGAUGUUGAGUUCAUGAUCCAAGACGCUUUUGCCCUUACCCGCCCUCAGUGGAAACUUGCCACUAGCCUUGAGGAGGCAGGAAAUACCUUCGCCGAGGCAGUCAAGCAAAACUAUCAACUCCAGGCUCAUGAAAGGAACACGGAGGCCGACGAGCCAGAUGAGGACUCCGGAUCCGAGGAUGGUCGCGAUGCGGGCGAUGAUGAGGAACUCGAGGGCCGUGGACACGACGCUGGCGGUUCCGGAGAAGAGAGUGAUACGCAAAAGACUGGCCCCGAAGACGAACAGGACGAGGAGGAAGGUGAUGAUGAAUCCGAUGAAGAGGAAGAGGAGCACAUCGUCGUCACCCGCCCUGAGGACGAGAGAGACCCGGAGGCUGAUGCUGAAUUCGAUCGCGAGCUUGCAAAGAUGAUGGCUGAAAGCCUGGAUUCGCGCAAGUUCGAGCGCAAGCCCAUACUCGACAUGCCAUUGCCCAUGCGCCGCGCCCGCGAGGCAACGUCUACUGAUGAGGGCGAAACAGCUGAGAAGCAGACGCCACCGGGAAUGAUGAAGUUUUCACUCCUCAGCAGGAAGGGAAAACAGCAACAGACUCGAUCCAUCGACCUGCCGUCGGACUCCAACUUUGCUGUGGCCAUGCGCACUCAGAAGGAAGCCGAACGUGCCGAGCAGCAGCGCAUCAAGAACCUCGUCUUGAACUACGACCUCAGGGAUGAAAACGACGAUGGUGAAUCCGCCCUUUAUUACGACCCUUUGCGCGCGAACUCAAACACACGCGCCCACUUUGAGAACAACAAUGCUGAGACGACAGACAACAAAGGGCUCGACAAAGCCCACAAUCCGUAUACGAUGCCGCGCCUCGACAAAGGCGGCAAUUCACGCGGCGGCCAGAGGGCCAGGAAGUUGCAACUUAGCGAUGUCGACUGGUAUGAAACCAACCCUUUGAAGAAAUCUCAGCGUCGCGAUUCCGUGUUGUCCGAGGGCCGGAACCCGUCGGGCGACGGUCGGUCGUCCGGCUCGUCCGGCUCGUUUCGCAAGAAUGGACAGCCUAGGCGGAGCCGUCGCUGA